UGAUGUUACAGUCUGUCUGUUACAUUCUCUGGUGGCCUCACAUCUCUGAGACUUCGUCCUUGAUAGCUGAAAAUAUUACCCUUGAUAGCUGAAAAUGAAUGUUUACUUCUGUUCCCUCUAAGCAGCUGAGUCUCAAAGGUCUAUCAAAAUGAAGUUACUCCUUUGGGCCUGCGUCAUGUGUGUUGCUUUUGCAAAGAGGAGGCGUUAUCCCUUCAUUCAUAAGAAAUCACCCUCGCCCAGUGAAGAGGAUUACUAUGGACAUCGCUACCCACUUAAUCCAUCUCUCAAUAUCCCAUAUGGCUUAUGGAAUGAUAAUUUGCCGCCUUUUCUUUUGCCUCCUGUGGACACUCACCAAGGAAAUACCAUCACCAAAUUCACUGGAAAUCCGGACCUUGACAGAGGGCUAUCUCCAUACCCUUGGAUUCUUACUUCUUCUAAAGUUCACUAUCUAUACCAAAACCCUAAUUAUCCCUCAGAUGCUCCACCGAGUGGUCCCGCAGCAACUGCUCCUCUCCCUCCUCCCCCGCCCCCUCCUCCCAGGCCAUAUCCCUUUGUCAUACCUCCAAAGAUUUCUGUUUCACCCAUUGCGCCUGAGCCUGCAUCACCCCAGGGAGCACCUGCUGUAGGCGAGGGCCUGGUACCGGAGUUUGCUGUAGACAAAAGUAUUUCAGGCCUGCCUACUGCAGUCAAACUUGGACAACCACUGCCGCCACAACCUGCUGAACCAAAAGCUUCCGCAGGUGAACCUGCUCCAGCCCAGUUUGGUCCAUCUGAACCUGUUCCAGUUCAGUUUGGUGGGCUUGAAUCUAUCCCUGCCCCGUCUGGGGUAAUUGAGUCUCCUGCAGGCCACCCCAUAGCACCUGAACCCGCUCCACCCCAAGUUGUGGCUGCAGCCCAGGCUAUAUCAGCUGAAUCCCCUGCAGGUCAGUCUGCUGAAAACAAACCUGCUUCGGGUGAGCCUUCUAUAGCUCAGUCUAUACCACCUGAGCCUGCUGGAGGCCAGUCUGCUGAAAUCAAACCUUCUGCACCUGAGCCUGCUGCCCUCCAGCCUCCUCCACCUGAACCUGUGGCAAGCCAGUCUCUUCCGGGAAAACUUAUUACAUCUGAGCCCACUGAAGUGAAACCUGAGAGUGCUGAGCCUGCUGAGGCCAAACCUGGUAGCCAAGAACCCCAGCCUUUCCUUUUUUAUCAGGUACAGAAGUGAGAUUUUUCUAGAGAAGAGAGUUAUUCAUUUGUUUCUAUGCUGAUGAAACAAAUCAAAGAAAUCCAAAUGUUCUUUCUUUUCUCAACGAGUAGUUUACUAUGUUUUAUUAAAACUAUCAGUCUCUCCAUA